UGACAUUGGCGGUGACAGAAUCGGUUCCUCUUGAAUAAACAAGUGAAGAAGAAGAAUAGAGCUCUCACUUUCUCGCGCCCCGAAGGCUUCCCCCCACACCCCCACCUGCUUCUCUCUGCUCCCAUUCUAACACGUACUUUGCGGAGAAGGAAGCUGAACAAAAGCGAAGGAACUUCAACGCCCAAGGGGAAUGUGUAAAUUUCCGCUCUCUGUCUUCUAAAUUCCUUCUCUGAAUCCCAAUCUUACUGACAGAAUUCACAGGCUCAUGGGUGGGGUUACUUCGUCCAUGGCUGCUAAACUCGCCUUCUUCCCUCCUAAUCCGCCCUCUUACAAGCUCCUCAAAGACCAACCCACUGGCCUUCUUCUCUUGGACCCUUUUCCCCACCGCGAAAAUGUCGAUGUCUGGAAGCUCCCCACCCGCAAAGGCAACGAGAUCGUCGCGGUUUACAUCCGAUACCCUAUGGCUACUUCUACGCUUCUUUAUUCCCAUGGUAAUGCUGCUGAUGUUGGUCAGAUGUACGAGCUCUUCGUUGAGCUUAGUAUCCAUUUGCGCGUUAAUCUUCUUGGAUACGAUUAUUCUGGAUACGGGCAAUCCACGGGGAAGCCAAGUGAGCACAAUACUUAUGCAGAUAUUGAGUCUGCGUACAAGUGUCUUGAGGAGAAGUAUGGUGCUAAGCAAGAGGACAUAAUCCUUUAUGGUCAAUCUGUUGGAAGUGGCCCAACUUUGGACCUUGCUGCACGUUUGCCUCGACUGCGAGCGGUUGUCCUGCAUAGUCCUAUAUUGUCAGGAUUGAGAGUCAUGUAUCCAGUGAAGCGCACGUAUUGGUUCGACAUCUAUAAGAACAUUGAUAAAAUACCUUAUGUAAAGUGCCCUGUGCUGGUAAUUCAUGGAACUUCCGACGAUGUCGUUGAUUUCUCUCACGGAAAACAGCUCUGGGAGCUGUGUCAAGAGAAAUAUGAACCCUUGUGGCUCAAAGGGGGAAACCACUGUGAUCUUGAACUCUUCCCUGAAUACAUUAGGCAUCUCAAGAAAUUUGUAUCCACAGUUGAGAGAUCACCUUCACAAAGGAAAAGUUCAAGGAAAAGCACAGACCGAAUGGAGGCCCCAAGACGGAGCACGGAUUGUUUCGAGGUCUCGAGAAGGAGCACAGACAGGCGAGAGAAGCCGAGGAAAAGCGUGGAGAGACUAGAUAAAUCAAGACCUCAAGGAUUCAAGUUUGCCAACAUUGAGAAGCUAGAGAAACUAAGAAUCUCACUUGACCAAGUAGAGAGAUCAAGGAGAAGUGUGGAAUACUAUGAGAAACCGAGGAGAAGCAUCGACCAACAGUUUGAAAAAGCUCGAAAGAGUGUCGAUUGGUUGGAUAGAAUCCGUGCUGGGUAGAGCUACAGGUUGCAUUGGUGAAGGGGAAGGGUGAUUCCGUGAUAAAAAGAAAGGGGUGGUGGUAUACAGAGAAGAAAGUGCAGGAAACAUUGGAAACAAGUGCUGGGGAUUCUACUAAUUCUUGAUUUCUGAAAAAUGGGUGUUUGUUCUCACAUGUUCAUAGUUUUUUUACCUUCUACCUUGCUUGUUAAUAGAACCAA